UUUGGGGCUGCCGUGCAGUGCUUGCUUCUGAGCUCCUGAGCCUGACAGCAGCGUGAUCUCCUUUCUCCUCCUCUUCUUGUAGCUAUGGACAUUGCCUGCGAGUCCCCCCUGGAAAAAGGUGGAGAGACAGGAGAGUCAGAAGAGGCGACUGCUGCUUCCGGGGGACCCGGGCCUACUGACAACGACGCAGCCCCUGAGGAAACUGAGGGGGACGGAGAUGGGGAAUUAAAAGAAGCCGCAGCUGAGGAAGGAGAGGUCAAGAGUCAGGAUAUCUCAGAUUUAACAGCAGUUGAAAGGGAAGACUCUUCUUUACUUACUCCUGCAGCCAAAAAACUGAAAAUAGAUACCAAAGAAAAGAAAGAGAAGAAGCAGAAAGUGGAUGAAGAUGAGAUUCAGAAGAUGCAAAUCCUGGUUUCUUCUUUUUCUGAGGAGCAACUGAACCGUUAUGAAAUGUAUCGCCGGUCAGCCUUCCCUAAAGCAGCCAUCAAAAGGCUGAUCCAGUCCAUCACUGGCACUUCGGUGUCUCAGAACGUUGUUAUUGCUAUGUCUGGUAUUUCCAAGGUUUUUGUCGGGGAGGUGGUAGAAGAAGCUUUGGAUGUGUGUGAGAAGUGGGGAGAAAUGCCACCUCUACAACCCAAACAUAUGAGGGAGGCAGUUCGGAGGUUAAAGUCGAAGGGGCAAAUUCCCAACUCAAAGCACAAAAAAAUCAUCUUCUUCUAAACCAAACCUAGAAAGGCCUGGUACUGAAGGAAGAAGUACUGGUUCCAGACUUCCAUCCCAUGAGACUUCCUACACUGGUGCUUUAGUCUCUCAGUUCUCCAGGGAUAUCAUGAUGAUUCUAAUGUCUUUCUCAAAACUCUGAUACCAAUCACAAUUAAAGACAUGCCUUGACUAAAUUUUGGGACCUCAGUGCAUUUUGAGGCCUUUAACUAUUUCUUGGCCAAUUGGAAGAAGAAAGGUUCAUGGGCCUUCAUCUUCUGGACAAGAGCUGCUUUCAGAGAGAAAACAUUUCGAAGAAAGCUUUGAUGGUUUCACAUUGAAGCCUUGAAUUUCUGAUACAGGUUGUUUCUUACAUCUGCUUUUAAGUGGAUGAACCAAGCAGAAACAUUUGACUUGGUGAUACUCUAUCAUGAAGGACAUGGUGAUAGCAGGAAUAGUGGAAUAAUUUGUCCCUGUAAACAUGGUUUUCAUAUGGACUUUGGUGAGUGAUCAUUAAACUGUUUUCCAACUUGCCAUGUGUAUAUUCAUUUUCUGCCUAGCUGGUUGGAGUGAGAAGAUAUUUAUUCUUUUUUAGUGUCAGAGUAAAAUUGUCUUGGUUCUUUUGUAAAAAUUUGACCCUUCGUUUAUUUGGGUUUUUUUUUUUUAAGCCUUCAUUUUCUACUAGAACCAUUAAAAUUUCAUCGUAGAAUACAGCAUUUAAAAACAAUGUAAAAGGCCUCCCCUGGUGGCGCAGCAGUUGAGCACCGUGCUGUGAAGCUGUCCGCAGCCUCUGCAGCUCUGGUUCGAUCCCGGCUGGCUGGCGAGUAUCCCAUGUGGCGUGGCAGACCUCUCCUGUCUCGCCCGCUGCUCCCCUCAGCAGUGUAUUUCAUCAGUGUGCCUGUUCUGUUCCCCACUCUGUCUCUGGUGAAUCCUCUCACCCUCCCGCACAUCUGGCCUGUAUGCCGGUCCUUGUAUAAAAUAAAUAAAUCUUUAUUAAAAAAUUUUUUUGAAAAAAAAUAAAAACAAUGUAAAAGCUGAAUAUUUCAGAUUCUAAUAAACAGAUAUAUCACAACCAAUACUAUUUUAAUAAGUU